AUGGAAUUGGAAUAUGGGUUGGUGAGUUGCAAGGCCACCACCGUGUUUGUGGUUGCUGUGGGUUGGUGCUGGCGCCUGCAUGGACGCGCCGCAGCCUCCACAUCUAGCGAUCAAAUCUGCAGGUUGGAAAGGACGUGCGAGUUACCAGACCGCGUCGUUGGAGGUACUACGAUGGCAGCGGAGCAUCAUCUGCGAGUAUUCCCCGGUUAUGGAACCGCUGUUUUAACCCUAAUUUGUUUUGCUUUAAUUGUUGGAGCCGCGAAGAAAUCCACAUCCGAUCUUGCUGAGAAGAGUUAUCGCUCAUCAGAUCAAAUGGGCUCGCAUGGUCACGGGGACUACCAAUCGAUGGGAGAGAAAAUAGGACACUCCCAUCAGGGUCAUAUGGGCCAAUUCUCAUCCGGAGGUCAAGGAUCCUACCAUGGUGUUCGCUUGACUGGGUGGCCCCUUCACUCCUCGCAAUCUGCACAUUCUCCGCGCUUUGGCUACGCUCACUGCCCCCCACCUCAAAUGCUCUCAUUCCAUCUGUGA